GAGGGUCGAAGCGGCGGGGAUGAGAUUAACGCACAUGCUAAAUAACAACAACAAAAUCCUAAAAUAGAUUGUUCGAUUACAGCUGGAUGGAUUGAAAGUGUUUAAAGUCAGCAGAUUAGAUGACCGAGGGACCGAGGGACGCCGGGAAGAUGCGCUGCGUCCGCGGGGCUUGCGGCUGCUUCUGCGGCGGCGGCGCGCCCUCCGAGCCCGGGGUGAGCAGCGGCGACGCGCAGCCACCGCGCGCGUAGAUGGCCAGCGCAGGUGUCCGGGAAGUGUCGUCACGAGUGGUCGCCGGGCGGAGGGGGCAACGUCCGCGGAGAUGAUGGCGGCCAAGUCCGACGGCCGAGGGGUCGUCACCGGCUUCGCCCAGCUGCGCAACCUGGACGAGGUGGUGGGCACCGGGGAAGAGGGCCGCGACAACAGCAGCUCCUUCCACAUCUGCCACUGCUGCAACACCUCGUCGUGCUACUGGGGCUGCCGGAGCGCCUGCCUGCACUACCUGCGCUCCAGGCGGAGGGACGCGGCGCGGCCACCGCAGGAGGAGCAGCGCCUCUGGCUGGACUGCCUGUGGAUCGUCCUGGCCCUUCUGGUCUUCUUCUGGGACGUGGGGAGCGACGUGUGGCUCUCCGCGCACUACUACCGCAGCCAAGACUUCCUGUGGUCGGGCAUGACCCUGUUCUUUGUGCUGGUGCCCUCGGUCCUGGUGCAGAUCCUCAGCUUCAGAUGGUUCGUGCAGGAUUACACGGAGGGCGGACUGGGCUCCGUGCAGGGCUUGACGAGUCGCAGAGCCACGGCCAGUCUGCACCGGGACCGCUGCUGUCGCCUCUCGGUGUGGGUCUGGCAGAGCCUCCUGCACGUCUUUCAGAUGGGACAGGUGUGGAGGUACAUCCGCACCAUGUACCUGGGCAUCCAAAGCCACCGGCAGAAGGAGAACCAGCGGCGCUUUUACUGCGCCAUGAUGUACGAGUACGCUGACGUCAACAUGCUGCGACUGCUGGAGACCUUCCUGGAGAGCGCGCCUCAGCUGGUGCUGCAGUUGUGCAUCAUGAUCCAGAGCAACCAGGUCGAGUGGCUGCAGUGUUCUUCUGCCAUGUCCUCCCUCCUGUCCCUGUCCUGGGUGCUAUCGUCCUACCAUAAGCUCCUGCGCGACUCCCGAGACGACAAGAAGAGCAUGAGCUACCGCGGCGCUCUGGUGCACCUCUUCUGGCGCCUCUUCACCAUCUCCUCCCGGGUGCUCUCCUUCGCCCUGUUCGCCUCGGUUUUCCACAUCUACUUUGGCAUUUUCGUGGUGCUCCACUGGUGCGCCAUGGCUUUCUGGGUCAUCCACGGCGGCACCGACUUCUGCAUGUCCAAGUGGGAGGAGGUGCUGUUCAACAUGGUGGUGGGCGUGGUCUACGUCUUCUGCUGGUUCAACGUGCGCGAGGGGCAGACGCGCUACCGCAUGGUGGCCUACUACGCCGUGGUGCUGCUAGAGAACGCCCUCCUCAGCUCGCUGUGGUAUGCGUACCGCGACCCGGCCACCACUGACGCCUACGCCUCCUAUGCCCUCUGUAGCGUCUUCCUGUGCUUUGCCUCGGGUGUGGCCUGCAUGGUCCUCUACUACGGGGUCCUGCACCCUAUGGGCCCCCGCCUGAGGGUCUAUGCCAGCUCCUGUUGUGCGGAACUGCUCUGGGGCCUCCCGUUACCCCCCGAAGCUGAGCCCAUGGCCACCACGCCCGGCCCACGGGGCUCCCAGGCCACUCCAACACGGGGGCUGGCGGGGGAGUACACAGAGCCUGAUGAAACCGCCACAGACACCUGCCUUCCUGUUUUCCAGGUGAGGUCCACGGAGCCCGUGGACUCAUCCGGCAGGCCCAUCCAACCGGAAGGCCCCCUCAUAAAGAUAGACAUGCCCAGGAAGCGCUACCCAGCCUGGGAUGCGCACUUUGUGGACCGACGCCUGCGCAGGACCAUCAACGUGCUGCAGUACAUCAGCCCAAACGCCGUGGGCAUCAGGUACAGGGACGGCCCGCUUCUCUACGAACUCCUGCAGUAUGAAUCGGCGUUCUGAAAAAAAAAGAAAAAAAAAAAGGCUUUCUCAUCCCUCUUACCAUCCAAACACAGUCAUGAUGUAUUUUUGGAGGAGAAAAAAACCACGCAAAGAGAAAAAUAGUAUGAACCCAUGGGGCUGCGUGUGUAGAUAACAUGAAUGUUUCAUUAUGAAAUGCAUUAUUCUGUAUUGUGAAUACCUGUGAAGGGCAUAUUGUAUGACGCCUAAAGGGAAUGUUGGAGGAGGGUAUCAAAAGGAUGCAGGUUUUUUUUCCCCGCCCGCACAUCCCAAACUUUACUGCCAUUUUUUAUGUAAAUAACCCCAAAUGUUGCAAAUCGAGAGAGAGAGAGAGAAAGAGAAAGAGAGAGAGAGGUUUCCCUUCCUGUGAGCUCUCCUGGCUGUUCUAUUUUGGUUCCAAAAUCCUAAAUGGUAAUCACAUCAUGCGUGGAGGAGAAGAGAGACGCAAGCACACUGACCUUCAAUCAGUUCCGCCUAUUCAUUAAAAAAAAAAAAAGGUUUUUAGCGCACACUGCCCUCUGGCGGAGGCAAGGCGCUAUGGCAUGCCUUACCCUCAUGGCGGAGCCAUGCGUAAUAAUGGCAGAACACAAUGGAAGAAGCGUGGAAUGUAACAGAAAGAGCACAAAAAUAGGGUACGGUGGCCAGCACGUUCCAAACGCAGAUUUGAUCCAAAACCAAACACACUUACAUACCCCCUAUACCAGGGGUCAGCAACCCAAAGCGUUGAAAGAGCCAUAUUGGACCAAAAAUACAAAAAACAAAUAUGUCUGGAGCCGGAAAAAAUGUAAUAUCUUACAUAAGUCUUAUAAUGAAGGCAUCACAUGAUGUAAGUGUCUAUAUUAGCUAUAAUAGCCUACUAUCAAAAUGACUAUGUGUCGCAGGCUGACGCAAAUUUUCGUUGACAGAAAUGUAGAAAUGUAAUAUUUAUUCUGCACAUUUUUACAUUAGAAACCAUUAGUAAAUCAGAGGCUACUCAGAAGGUGAGAUAACUCCUGGAAAGGACUGGCUUUUAAUGGCCAAAGGUGUAGACGUGGUCUGGAACAACAUGGCACACAAACAACUAUCUGAAAUGUAGCCAAUGUUACAUACAGAUAAUGUGUCAUGAGACAUGCAAAUAUAAAUGAUAUACAAAGAGGAUAAAAGUAAAGGAAAUUAAAUUAAAUUAAAUACAGCUAGCCUAAAUAGCCUGAUUAGCACUCCAACAAGUCAUUAACAUCAACAAAGCUCACCUUUGUGCAUUCACGCACAGUAUAAAACUUUUGGUGGACAAAAUGAGAUGGAGUGGAAGAUUUUACAUGUAAACAAAUUGUUGCGGCACAGUCCACAUUAUGGUGAGUUCAAGAACCACCGAAAUUAGUAGGACAAAACGAUGUCCACCAAAUAGUCUCAUCAGUAUAGCAUACACACAAACAUAUUAAACAGUGGGCUUUCUAACCAUUGGGAAGGUUUGUGUCAUGUUUGUCCUCAAACAAAAAACAUACUAAAACAAAAAAAUUAUUUUUCCCCCCCAUCCUUUUCCAUUUUCAAUACUUUUUAAAAAAUGCUCCAGGGAGCCACUAGGGCAGCUCCAGAGCCGCGGGUUGCUGACCCCCGCCCUACACAGUGGUACCUCAACUUAAAAGCUGUCUCCCGGCUAAUUGUUAUGCUCUAAGUUGCAAGCAAAAAUUUGAGUUACCAACAUCCCCGCCAUUAGUUGGCGUAGCAAAUGCCGCAGCCCGGCAGGCACAAGACAUAGAUACAACAUUAAUUAUACAUACAUGUCUUUUAAAAUUGACUUUAAAACAACAUUGCCAAAUAGUUAUAUCGUUAAUAGUAUUUGUAAAUUAAGACAACGUUGAUGUCCAAUGUUGGAUCCUCGUUGUUGGUUGGGAAAUGACAGAAUUUCACUAGUCAAAUCAACAUCACAACCGGACAUUGAACAAACAUUGUUGUUUGAACGUUGUAUUUGUGUUGUAGAAUGACCAAGAUUCAAUGGUCAAACCAAAGUCAGAACCCAACAUUGAUUAAACGUCGUCAAAAAACACGUUGUUUCAACGUUAUUUUCAAGUUGCUCAACGUCAGGACCUAAUACAACAAGUUCUCAACGUUGUUUUAAUGUCUUGGGUUCUUCUGGGAGUGAACCCUGUUAGAUCUGACCAAAACAUCCGCGGCUUACUAGCUAGAUUUAGCUUAUAGCUAGAGAUCGACAUAACUGAAAGUGAGCGUUAAGGACGGCGCUGAGAAGAAGAAGUGGGUGAUGUUCAUUAAUUUAAAAAAAAAUCGUCAAAAACAUGACCCAUUUUGGAGCUAGCUUGUCAAAGCAUUUGGAGCGUAUCAUACCAUAUUGAAGCAGAGUGAGUCUAACGCCAGCCAAGAAUGUUCGAAUAAUAUCUAAACGGCAAAUGUUUAUCCAUGAAAAUGUGGAGAAGCUGUAAAGCGAUAUGUAGAAGUGCACUCUCUAAAUGCUGUACAUUAUUUUUACAGUACUUUAUAAAACUACCGUAGUUGUUCAGAGUACAUUCUGUUGCAUUGUUUUUAGACAAUAUUUCUUGCAUGUUCAAAUUGUGCUGUUUUGGCACCGACUAAAUUGAUUUCAAUUCAUUUCAAUAGGAGAUAAGAAAUAAAGCUCGUAAAUUGAGGUACUGCUGGGCAUCAAAUGCAACGAGAAAAAUGGCACAAACAUAAACAAAUCAUAAAAACAAGGGAGAAAUGCUGCAAGUUCAGGACAAAACGGAACUUUGACAGACCUUCACUAUGCUAAUGUCAAACUGUGGUACAUGGGCUCCAUCUGGUGGUAAGCCAAAUAAUCAUUUAAUGCAAUAUUCAAACACAGUGUUACUGUUCAAACUGUGUGUAAUGUUACAGUGGACAAAAUAUUAAAUACACUUGUUAAAUAAAACCUCUGCCUUUUUAAUAUAGAAUAUUUAGGCCUACUAUAGUGCUUUAUUUUAAUGUUGGUCAUUUAGGUUGGUACGUUGAAGUUUAUUUCGAACAUCUAUACAGGUGCAAUAUGAUACAUUUUACAUAUUUACAUUUUUCUUUACAUGUAUGAAAAGGAGUAGGAAAAAGCAAAGCUUAAUUAAUCCUACCCUGUUUCCACUUCAUAGCAAUUACUAACCCAUAUGUAUGGUAUUUUGAGAGCCACGUGUUUUCUGAGGUGGUACUUGGUGAAACAAGUUUGAGAACCACUGUUCUGGAGGGUUCUCAAACAGACACUGUAAGGGCAAAUAUUGUUGAAACAAGCGAAUAAUAACGCAAAUAUAAAACAUAUUUCAGAUAACGGUACACGUUAUAAUUGGUAAACCAACAACACCCAUUGAGCUAGACAGCGCCAGCAUUGAUCAGUUCCAAUAACAUUGAAUCCACUUGGGAUUUUAUCAAUGUUUUAAAUGUUCCCUGUAACCUUACCCAUACACAAACAGUGCAGGAAUUCAACUAACAUUGGGAAACCAAUACAGUGUGGAUGUUUUACUCGUUUUUGUCACACAGACAUUAAAGUAGACACUAGCAAAACACAUACUGAGUUCAUUUUUAAAUGACUUUACUCUUUUAAUUAUAACUAGUAAUUUUAACCUACUAAUAAUUAAUUAUUAGCUCAUAUUUUUAAAGACGUGCAUCCCUUUUGUUACGUGAAGUUGCAGCAUUUCUCUCAUGCAGUUGUUUGGGGGUAUUUUGGGAACAUUUGUGUGUUGGGAGCGAUUAGACGUUGCCGUGUGUUUACCGUGGUACACAUACUGUAAACACGUUCCAAAGCUGUCUUAUUUUUAACAAUCAAAUCCUCCACCAUUCCCUUCUCAACCCUAAAGAGUGUUUUUGUUUUGAUAUUAACAAUGGAUUAGUUCUAGUAUUUCUUGUUAUUAUAUGACAUUAUUUUGGUGCACAACUGUAAAAAAAAAUGCAAUGAUCCUGUGCCAUUUAUUCUAGCUAAAAAACCGCUGGCUUUUAAAAGUCAACAGUGUCAUUUUAGAACCAUUCAUUGAAAUCUAUUACUGUCAAGUACAGGCAGAAAUGCACCCGGGCUCUGAACAGUGGUUGUCUGCUUCACUAUGUGGCCGCACGUGCCUAAAAACAUCGUACUGUAAUAAGGCAGAUGCCAUCUAAAAGUUUGGGUUCUAGGCGAGAGGGCUCAUUUUUUUUGCCAGGGAUGGAAAAGAACAGGAGGGAGAGACUGUGCUAAAGGAUCAUUAUUUUGCAGACCAAUAAUAGGUGUUCAUUAUUGUGGAUUGUACCUUAAGGCACCCGAAGCUAACACCAUUGGCUCUCUG